UGGGGUGUGGGGGUGGAAGAGUAGACGACGGUGGAGUCCCACAUUGAGCGUUUCGUGAGUUACCUGAUUAUUAUAAGCUUCGCUUAUCUCUUUCUCUCUCUGUUGGUUCAUGUAAGCUGAGAAGCUUGGAGGGUCCCUCUUGCCUCUGCUACAUUCUCUUACCUUCGUUUUCUUAAAACUUUUUUUGUAUUUACUUAGCUCUGAGGUGGCUAUGGCGACAGAGAGAAACAUGGGUUCUGUUAUUGUUGGGGAGGAGUUUGACCCCAGAAUCCUCGAUACCAACCAAGCUGAGACAGACUACUUGCAUGAUGCACUUUGGCAUGAAUGUGCUGGCCCCCUCGUUACUCUUCCUCGCGUUGGGGAGAAGGUCUUCUACUUUCCUCAAGGCCAUCUAGAACAGGUAAAUUCAUCUACAAGUAAUGACCGUGCUCCAGAAAUUCCAGCCAUUGAUAUACCUUCAAUGAUCCUAUGCAAAGUUGUUCAUAUCCAGCGAAAGGCUGAAGUGGAUACUGAUGAGGUAUUUGCACAAAUUACACUGGUUCCAGAAACGGAGCAAGAGGAACCUAAUCUGGAUGCUGUGGUUAAACCUCUUCCUGGAAGAACCAGUGUGGACUCCUUUUGCAAAAUACUGACUGCCUCAGAUACAAGCAUUCAUGGUGGAUUUUCUAUUCCAAAGCGAAAUGCUGAGAAAUGCCUUCCGCCUCUGGAUUUGUCCCAUGAAAACCCAUCACAGGAUCUUGUGACACAAGAUUUGCAUGGGGCAGUGUGGCGCUUCCGCCAUGUUUAUCGUGGUCAACCAAAGCGCCACUUGUUUAGCAGUGGUUGGAGUUCAUUUGUCAGCUCCAAGAGGCUUGUUACAGGGGAUUCUUUUAUUUUUAUUAGAGGAGAAAAUGGAGAACUUCGGGUUGGGGUUCGCCGGGCUCACAAAAGUGAGGGCAUUGUGUCUGAAUCCGUCAUGUCUGGACACAGCAUGCAACUGGGUGUUCUUGCCACUGCUUCUCAUGCUAUUUCUACCCAGACCAUGUUCACUGUCUAUUACCGACCUAGGACAAGUCCCUUUGAUUUCAUAAUUCCUUAUGAUCAAUGCAUGAAAUCAAUCAAAGCCCCCUAUUCAGUGGGCAUGAGGUUCAGAAUGAAAUUUGAAGGUGAAGAAGAUAGUCCAGAACAAAGACUUGAAGGUACCAUAGUUGGCAUAGAAGAUGUUGAUCAUGUCAGGUGGCCUGGUUCAAAGUGGCUAUGUCUUAAGGUUCAGUGGGAAGACACGUCUACUUCUGUGGUCCGUCCGGACAGAGUUUCUCCAUGGAAUAUAGAAUCACUUGCAGUCACCAACCCAACGCAUCCUAUUGUACCUCGAUCAAAGAGGGCACAUGCUGCUUCUUCAUCUUCUAUAUCAUCUUCCUUAGCUGGUGAUGGUCUACAGGGUCCAACUGAGCCUCCACUACCUAAAAACUAGGAGACACUCACAGGUCUUACAAGGUCAAGAAAGCAAGACCAGGAAGGCUCAGUUAUCUGGAAAUGCAUGAAGGCUGUCUCCAUCCCUUUGGGGUC